AUGGCGUCGAAUUUUAUCUCGGUCCCAGUCUUUCUGGUUAUCUUCCGAGAGACACUGGAGACGGCCAUCAUUGUCUCUGUGCUGCUGGCAUUUCUGAAGCAAACCCUGGGCGGGCCAGAUCAAGAUGCGGCAAUCUACAGAUCUCUCUGCAAACAGGUCUGGCUGGGAACCGCCGUCGGCUUCCUGAUAUGCCUGUUCAUCGCCGGCACCAUCGUCAGCAUCUUCUACAUCUACGGCCGCGACGCCUGGGCCGCCCACGAGUACUACUACGAGGGUGCCUUCUCGCUCUUCGCCGCCCUCGUCAUCUCCGUCAUGGGCGUCGCCCUGCUGCGCGUCGGCCAGAUGCAGGACAAAUGGCGCAACAAGCUCGCCAAGGCCCUCCAGGCGCCGAUCCAGGCCGACUCGGGCAAGAGCUGGCUGAAGCGCCUGGCCGAGAAGUACGCGCUCUUCUUCCUGCCCUUCAUCACGAUCCUGCGCGAGGGCAUCGAGGGCAUCGUCUUCGUGGCCGGCCUCUCGUUCUCGGCGCCGCCCGCUGCCAUUCCCUUCUCUGCGCUGGCCGGUCUGGCGUUUGGCGUCGCUGUGGGAUACGCGAUUUUCAAGGGAGGCUCCGUGAUGCAGAUCCACGUGUUUCUUGUCAUUUCGACGUGCUUCCUGUAUCUGGUAGCCGCCGGGCUCUUCUCUCGCGCUAUCUGGUACUUUGAGACGCAGGAGUGGAAUAUCAUCGUGGGCGGCGACGCGGCUGAGCUUGGCGACGGCCCUGGAUCCUACGAUAUUGACCGCAGCCUUUGGCACGUCAACUGCUGCAGCCCCGAGGUGAAUGGCGGUGGCAUCUGGGCGGUUUUGAACGCUGUUCUGGGAUGGACCAACUCGGCUACUUACGGCUCCGUCAUUGCAUACAACGCGUACUGGGUGUGUGUCAUGGUCGGCCUCGUCACCCUGCGAUUCCGUGAGAGGAAUGGCCGUCUGCCUUUCAUGGCUGCCAAGAAGGCUGCAUCCAAGCCAGACCGCGGUACGGAGAGAGAGGCUGCACCGCUAUUGGAUGGAGGCGCAGAGUAG